AUGACGUCCCGUCAUGAUGAUAACAAAUCAGAAAAUGAUGUCACGAAAAAGGAAUCAAAUAAUCAAAAUAAUAAAGAUACAUCGAGUCACGUUUCAGUUGAGAGUGAUAACAUAUCAAUAGUAUCUGCAUUGGCCACUGGUGUUUCUUAUGCAGCAAUGUUUUAUUUUAAUCGUCAGCUACUUGAUAACCUUAUUCUUAUGGGCAAUAAUAGCAUGAAAAUGACAAAUACAGAUCACUAUACAGUCAAUUCAAAUGAAUGUCAAUCUACCUAUUCAUCGAAUACACAUAAUAUAAUAUCAGCAUAUAAUGCUAUACAAUCGAUUAGUAAAAGUUAUAUUAUCCUUGGUUGUAUAAGUAUAUUUCUUUAUUGGGUGGCAUGGGCAAGUUGGAUGACUACAGCUGAAAGACAAAUACGACGUAUUCGUUAUAAACUUUUUCGAAAUAUUCUUUCUCAAGAAAUCGGUUGGUUUGAUAUUCAUAGUAUUGGUGAAUUGAACACUCGUCUUAAUGAUGAUCUAGAUAAAGUUAAAAACGGCAUCAAUGAAAAAGUACCGGAUUUUGUGUCACUAGUUUCAAGAGCGAUUUGUGUGCUUAUAUAUGGUUUGAUAAUCGGAUGGAAAAUGUCACUUGUCUUUUUAUCCGUGUCACCUUUAAUUAUUUUUAUGUAUAAAAUAACUAUUGUAAUAAUUGUUAAGUACAGUGCCAAAGAAAUAGAAGCGUAUAGUUUAGCAUCAUCAAUUGCUGAAGAAGCAUUAGGAAAUAUUCGAACAGUAACAUCAUUUCAUGGUCAACAGAAAGAGGAAGAACGGUUUGAAUCAUUAUUUAAUAUAUAA